AACUUUGACAUCUAGAAAGGCCUAUUUUCCCCAAAACAGGUUUACAGGCAGCCAACAAAGCGACGACUGGGUGCAGGAGAAGGACGGACGGACAGCGAAGAGAGAGAAGGUGGAGAGAAGAUAGAGACAGACGGCGAGGAGAAGCAGUAGGCAUUAAUGGCAGAACAGCAGCCGGCGCGAGAUCACGGAGAGGAGAGCGUGAAGCUGUUCGUGGGGCAAGUGCCGAAGCACAUGACGGAGGACCAGCUUCUGGCAAUGUUCAACGAGUUCGCUAUAGUGGACGAAGUCAACAUCAUUCGAGACAAGGCAACGCGAACUUCACGAGGAUGUUGUUUCGUGAUAUGUCCGUCAAGGGAAGAAGCCGACAAAGCGGUGGAUGCGUGUCAUAAUAAGAGAACUCUGGCCGGGGCAUCCAGUCCGUUGCAAGUGAAGUAUGCAGAUGGCGAGUUGGAAAGACUAGAACAUAAACUUUUUGUGGGUAUGCUUCCAAAGAAUGUUUCCGAUGCUGAGCUUUCUGCAUUAUUUUCUCAACAUGGAAAUAUUAAAGACUUGCAAAUUCUGAGAGGUUCUCAGCAAACCAGCAAAGGUUGUGCUUUUCUGAAGUAUGAGACAAAGGAACAAGCUGUUGCAGCCAUAGAGGCUAUCAAUGGGAAACAUAAGAUGGAGGGCUCAGCCAUACCAUUAGUUGUCAAAUGGGCAGAUACAGAGAAGGAAAGGCAAGCUAGGAGGGCUCAUAAGGCUCUAUCAUUGGCUCCCUUUGUGCCAAAUCGCAGCCCUGGACAGCAUUCAUCCUUGUAUGGACCCUUGCCAAUGGGAUACAUUUCUCCAUAUAAUGGUUAUGGCUAUCAGGCUCCUGGAACUUAUGGGCUUGUGCAAUAUCGGCUGCCACCAGUGCAGAAUCAACCAGGUUUCCAUAACAUGGUUCCUUCAGUAAACCAGGGAAAUGCAUUGCGUGGAGUCACUCCUGAUCUCGCCUCUGGUAUGCCCUCAAGGAAUUAUGCUAUUCCAUCAGCGAGAUACAUGGGCUCUGUAUAUCCAGCAGUACCACGGCUUCAGUAUCCUAUGGCAUAUCCCAGGGGAAUAAUGGGGAACUGGCCUUUAAGUAGUCCUCCUGCUUCUUCUAUGUCUGUACCAACGACAACCGUACACAGUCAAUCUGCAUCUUCUAGUGUGAGUCGAAGUUCUGGGGGUCAGGCUGAAGGUCCCCCUGGAGCUAAUUUAUUUAUUUAUCACAUUCCUCAAGACUUUGGUGAUCAACAACUUUCUGAUUUCUUCCAACCAUUUGGAAAGGUCUUAAGUGCCAAGGUCUUCGUCGACAAAGCUACUGGUGUUAGCAAAUGUUUUGGAUUUGUCAGUUAUGACUCACCAGCAGCUGCUCAAUCUGCAAUUGAUACGAUGAAUGGCCGCCAAUUAGGCAGUAAAAAGUUAAAGGUUCAACUUAAAAGAGACAACCAAGACAAUAACAAACCUUUCUAAUUCAAGGGCAAGCCAAGGGAGGAAGGUCAACCUUUUCAGUCAUAUGCAACAUGGAUGUACCAGUACCGAUAAUACCAGCUGCAGUGGGUGGAAUUUUGAGGCUGCUGGCGAUUCAAAAGCCUCCUUCUAGGUACGACGGCAUCCAGCUCAGGUUUGACUACUCAUGGGAUGGGAUCUACAUCCUUGAAACUUGUAAUUCUUGGUUGAUUCUUUGCCACUGUAAUAUGUAGUCUUAUGUAAGAUGACCCUCAUUUGACAUUAAUUUAUUGAUUUUUCCCUGAAUAACAUUUUCUGGUUACAUAAUUUA